CCGGGCUAUCCACCAAUGGGUGAACGACAAAUCUCUACGGCUUCGGCAGAACACUUGCGGGGGGGCUGGGAUACUUUGAUACACGCAGCGGCGUUCACUUUUGCUGAUUUAUGCGCAGAAAAUUCUCCUUCGACUGUGUCUUCCGUGCGGAGUGAAGCCUCAAAAGGAAAAGAGGCAUAUCAAACAUUGCGAGGUAACCGUUUGAUGGAGGCUCUUAACAUGAGCGCCUGCUUGGUUAUCCGGGCGCCCAACCAAAAAUUUGGGGACCAGCCCGUUGACUGCCCCCUCGACUGGUCUGUCCAACAGCUAAAACAGCACCUCUCCAAAGUUUACCCAAGCCAACCCAGGCCAGAGGAUCAGAAGCUGAUUUACUCAGGCCAGCUGUUAGAGAAUCAAAUGUCCUUAAAGGAUGUUUUUAGACUGGACACUGGGAAGACUCACAUAUUGCACCUGGUGUGCAGAUCCUCCAGAGAAUCUCCAGAGUCGUCUCAUUCAGCCAUUCCUCUUAAGUCCGCCAGCCAAUCGGGGUUUGCCCCGGCAACCAGUUCCGUCACAAGCAUGCCUUCAACCUCUUCUGUCGGGUCAAGUGUAUCGUCUGCAAGCAGCGAUGGACUGCGACACCGAAGCACGAGUGGUGUCCAAGGUGCCCAGCAGGCACAGAAUGGCCAGUUUCCGCUCCAGUUCCCGGGCUUUCCUGCUGGCAGCGUGCCUGGCGUGGCCAGCCCCGAGCAGAUAAUGCAGCAGAUGGCUGUGGCCCAGCAGCUUUAUGCCCAGUACUUUACGCAGUACAUGCAGUUCAUGAACCAAGGUGGUGUAGGAGCGGCUGUGGCAGCAGCACCACCCGUUGUGGCUGACCCUGUGCCUCCUGUGCUGGCUCCCGCUGCACCAGUGGCACCCAACAAUGUGGCUCCGGUGCCCCGACCCGUGCAGGACAACCGGGGGCUUCGUAUGAAUGCGCAAGGCGGACCCUUGCUCGACGAGGAGGAUGACGAUGCAGCACAUCGUGACUGGCUAGACCGUAUCUACACCUUGAGCAGGGCCACCAUCCUGCUGGGCAUAGUCUACUUCUACUCUUCCUUCGGAAGGUUCCUGGUGGUCACUGGAGUUGCUGUGCUUGUGUACCUGUACCAGGGCGGUUGGUUUGCAGCCCAGAGGCAGCAGCAGCAACGCGAGGAAGACCCGAAUCGUGCGAGGGAGGCAGCCAACAAUGACGGUCAGAACCCUCCCCCUGCUGAACCCCAGCCUGCCGCACAGCCAGAGCCCCAGGCAGCUCCAGAAAGGCCGCAGAGGGAGGCCAACGAGCACCAGCUCGAGGAGAUGAUGGACGGGGACCUGAACGAAAAUGCGGCUGUGCCGGCACACGAGGACCGAGUGUCGCCCAUUGCGAUGGUGUGGACAGCGGUGACUACGUUCUUCACCUCGCUCAUUCCUGAGCAGCCACCUCCGGUCAACAUUAACUGAACGGGCGUCUAACCUUUUGACUACGGCAGAAGUCCAAGCACCCCCUCCGAAAGCAAAAAAGAAAAAUGUAAUUAAGCAGCAAGUUGUCAAAACGAUCGAAGCACUCGCCUUGAAUUCUAGCCUUGUGAACAUAGACACUUCUAGGAUUCCGAGAGUAGUAAUGCUUUCAGGUAAGCCUUCGGAAGGCACGCCGCCGGUCGGCAGCUCGGAGAGCGGCAUAGCUCAGACGGGGCUUUGCUGAGCCUGUUCAACAUAUCACGAAUGUCGUGCUGACGAAACGACAUGUUUGCUUUGUGAACGAAUCUUUCGUAAAUGCCUUUUUUGAGAGUACUAGGUUCUGCCUGAAAUGGUCAUGCUGUUGCAGAUCUAUCAGUGAGCAGUUGUGUCUGCCCCUGCUAGAAAAGCAUCCAUUUGGCUUAUAUGUUUUUUCUGGAACACCAAAGACGUGGCAGCUGCUGAACAUAAAAUUCUUCUCGGUUCUUGUCUCCAAGAGACACCUGUAGUGUGGGGGCUUGCGACCCAUUGACAAGUAUACCAUUUAGGGCAUUGUAAAAUAAAGACUUGUACAUAGCAGAAACACCGUGGAGAGACUGGAAGUCUGAAGUGCCCCGUUGAGGAGAAGGUCGUCUACAUUUUUCUGUUGACGUAACUUCAGGUAAUGAAGUCUCACUUUCAUGGCAUUAUUUUUGUAACGAGGUGAGACUAUUUCCUAUGGUUCUGCUGCAUGGCAUUUUUAUUUGUUUGGUGGCAAAUGGAAGAAUGAAGCCCAAUGAUCUAUCCUAUCUUGCAAGAGCAACAUGCUAAGUUGCACCCAGCAUUGUUUGCUUUCUUUAUUUUUAAAUACCUAAGGGACUGUUUUGUGUAACGCAUUGUGCCAUUGUGUUAGAAAAUCUAGCUUGCAAAGCUUGUGUGAUAUUGUAUAUUUGUCCCACCUCGAUUAAGGGGUUCCACCGUGGCAAGUUGUACAAAAGUCGUCUUUCAAGGUUUUUCGCAGCCGAGGCAUUGUUUUUUUCUUGCGUUUGAAGAUGACCACUUAAUUUCAAAUUUGUGCACUUUGGCAAUGUUGUGGAAAUGUUUUCUAGUCUGUAAGAAACUUAGCGUACAAUAGUGUAUGCUGCAAGGAGGGGUCCAUGGCAUUUCAUGUGUGGCUGCUGUUAAUCUGGUCACCCUUCCUUUUUAUGCAAUACAGAAAUUCCAAAGUACUAGCACUUUUCAGACUACUUGAUUGGUUGGCCAAGUGGUUCUGCGGCACUGCUGUUAACUGCACACUACCCAAAGACAUCGGUUUUCUUCUGUACAUACUCCUAGUCCUUUUUUGUUGCUUUUCUAUAGUGUAAUAAAGAACUAUACAUUAUGUUACUGUUA